AUGUUCGGAAAAAGGAGAACAUCCCAGAAACCAGACGAAUCGUUCAUUCGGGACUUCCAGAGACAGUUUGGGAGUAUAGCCAGCCGAUCUUAUUCGCCACAGACUCCCUUGGGGGACCCUGCCGACCAUGGGGUGCCUCAGGACGCGCUGCCUCAGGAUGCUGAUGCCGCCGACCACGUGCCCAAGACGGAGAGUAUGUCGGUGGACCACAGCCCCGUCAACUUUCUCUCGCCCAUCACCCGACAGAAUUGCUCCUGCUCCGUCCUGGGCAGUCGCAUGUGCACCGUAUUGCAUGGCCCUGCUGGUGACUUGCACACUCCAGCUCACGACUGCAAUGCUCCGACCACUCCGGGGUUCUGGAAUCGGCUAUCCAACUUCGAUCCCCAUCAGGCGGAGGGGGCAUCAAUUAGCGAUCCCACGCAUGACUCUCGUUACCCUAACCCUCUGCACAGCAUUAACCCCCUUUUAUCUGAACUCACCGAUUCCCCCGAACCCUUUCUUCGACGUCACUCAGAAUACGACUCCCUAGGUCUAUUGUCCCAGGGCAAUCAUCUUCAACAAGGUAGGUCAGACCCGUUCCUGGGGGCUCCUGCCCAAUUGGAUUCCUUGAUGAUAGCAGCCUCUGACUCGACAGACAUUGCUUCGAAUCAUGGACCAUUACAUGGGCCCCUUCCCCAUGACACCGAUGGUAUCUUUAACCAGCAGCAUAGAUCUCCAGAGUCAGCAGCACUGCGAUACCGAGUGACUCUUCAUGCGCCCACGGCAACAUUCAACCAGUCGCGGGAGAUACCCGUCACCUACCUGAAUCGAUGUCAGCCGUACCUGAUAUCCGUCACGGAUACGAGACCGCCAUCAUUCCGCGUCCAACCUGCUCGAUACCGCACGUACAUUCGCAUCUCAUUCGACAACGCGGCCCAGCGAGAGGAUCCGGUCGGGUCGUGGCGACUCUGGCGAGACGGUCGGGGUUUGAACGAAGCACGUAAACGAGACGGGAAGCUUUCCGCGGUGGAAUUUGUCAAUGUGCGUAACGAUGGGUUCCGCGAAGAGGGCGCCGCCCACGUCGAGCUGCAGAGCACCUCCUUUGACGGCUUUUGCGUGGAGUGGACAGUCGAUCCGCAUGCUGUUCGCGUCGGCUGCGAGAUGCACGUUGCCUUCAACUGUCUCUCCACGGAUUUCAGUCUCUCAAAAGGCGUCAAAGGUGCGCCUCUGCGGCUGUGUGCCAAGACCGAGCUGGUCUCGCAGGGCUUGCUUCAGCAGCCUGGUGCCCCGGGCAGUGCGGAGAUCUGCUACUGUAAGGUGAAGGUCUUCCGUGACCACGGCGCCGAGCGCAAGCUCUCGAACGACACGAUUCAUCUGCGACGGGCGAUCCGAAAGAUGGAGGAGAAGAUCGCCGAGGCCGAGUUCUAUAACACAAAAGCCCCGGGGAAGAAGAAGCGGGUGCGCGUCCCGCUGUCCUCGCGGGCGUCGGAGCAGCUGUUGGAAUCGGUGGACGCCGAGCCCAGCAGCAGCCGAGUGCCUCGUCGAGCGCACAGUUUCUCGAACGGAGAAGACCUGUACCAGGAGCUGUUUGACCUGCGCAAGGUCUUUUCGUCCUCGCAGCCGACGAGCGUGCUCUCGCUGCGUGGCAAUGAGCAAGAUGAUCCGGAUCAGUUUCCGGUCGAGUUGUCGAGCGGCACAUCGAGUCCACGACCGCCUGCACGGUCUGCCACGCAGAGCGAACUGCCAUCGGAGAUGAAUACCGACAACGAAUGGAUGGAGAUGCUGCAGGAUCAGGGCGACUCGGAAGCGUACAGUGCCUAUCAGUCGCCUAUCCCGGCAGUACGCUCGAACAUGCAAACACCCGCCAAUGACCCCGGAGGGACGCUCGAGAGCGUACCGAUUCGGAGUCGAGCUAGUAACCACACGAAAGCGAUUGCAUGCUUCUACGUCUUAUGCCGAGUCGACGGGCAGACCGACGAAUACUAUCGCGCGUUAUACCUGAUGGAACGGACGGUGUCGAAUUUGAAAAGUCAGCUCUCUAAAGUCCGCGAUACCUCCCCCGAGCGCAUCAACCGUCUUCUCCGCGUGAACAAGUCCGGCCUGCGCAUCAUGAUCGACGAUACCGUUGUUCGCGAGAUACCAGAGGGACAGGAUAUGAUAGUGGAAUUUCGACCGGGCGAUGGUAUCAGUUUUCCGGCGGAGGAUUUCGAAGUCUCCUUAUUUUUUUGA